UGAGCUAGACACCAGGAUGAAGAGCGGAUUCUCUCCAGAAAGACAUAGGGAUGGUUGGCUUCUCCAUACCAGACUGUAAGUGCCGUGCACCUGGGACUUUUGUCUGCGUCGUCUGUAAGAUACUCAUCUUUAUGGUCUCCUAGAACCCUGCCAGGCCUGUAGGAGGGAUCAUAAAUGUUGCAUCAACAAGGGACCGCUCAGUAAUACUGCAGGACACACUCAGAAGGAAGCAGUCAGAGUCUCCCCUGCAAGGAGCUAGCCGAGGCUUGGAGCCUUCCUUCCAAGGCAGCGUGCUGAGGGUGACCAGCUCCCUGGGGCUCAGGACAUGCUUCGCUCCCAGGAGGUGGCCUGGACCACGUGGCGGAGGUGCCCAGGAAGUAAGCGGAAGGGCUCCAGACAGCUGCUGCCGGGCAGGGUCGAAAGGGAAAAUGUGCAGAAGAGGACCUUCACGCGUUGGGUAAACCUGCAUCUAGAGAAGUGCAACCCACCUCUAGAAGUUAAAGAUUUAUUCGUUGAUAUACAAGAUGGCAAAAUCCUAAUGGCUUUGUUAGAAGUCCUGUCUGGGCGAAAUCUGCUGCAGGAGUACAAAGCCUCAUCCCACCGCAUUUUCCGGUUGAACAACAUAGCGAAAGCGCUUAAGUUUUUGGAAGAUAGCAACGUUAAACUGGUUAGCAUCGACGCAGCAGAAAUAGCAGACGGCAACCCCUCUCUGGUUCUUGGGCUGAUAUGGAACAUAAUCCUCUUUUUCCAGAUUAAGGAGCUCACGGGCAAUCUCAGCAGAAACUCUCCAUCUUCCAGCCUGUCGCCUGGCUCGGGGGGCACAGACUCCGACUCUUCCUUCCCACCCACGCCCACCGCAGAGAGGAGCCUAGCGGUAGCAGUGAAGGAUCAGAGGAAGGCCAUCAGGACCCUGCUGGCAUGGGUGCAGAGGAAGACAAGGAAGUAUGGCGUGGCGGUGCAGGACUUUGCCGGCAGCUGGAGAAGCGGGAUGGCCUUCCUGGCAGUGAUCAAGGCCAUCGACCCCAGCCUGGUGGACAUGAAGCAGGCCCUGGAAGACUCCAUGCGGGAGAACCUGGAGAAGGCUUUCAGCAUCGCACAUGAGGCCCUCCACAUCCCCAGGCUCCUGGAGCCAGAAGACAUCAUGGUUGACACGCCAGACGAGCAGUCUAUCGUGACUUACGUGGCACAGUUUCUGGAACAUUUCCCGGAGCUGGAGGCCGAAGAUUUCAUGGAUUCAGAUAAAGAAGCCCCUAUCGAAUCCACCUUUGUCCGCAUCAAAGAAACUCCCUCUGAACAGGAGAGCACAGUGCUCCUUCUGACUGAAAACGGGGAGCGAGCCUACACUGUUAACCAUGAAGCCAGCCAACCACCACCCUCCAAAGUCUUUGUCUGUGACAAGCCCGAGAGCGAGAAAGAAUGCUUCCUCAGUGGUGUGUCCAGCCAUGCACUGUCAGACAGCUCCCCCGAGUUCACGCCCCAGAUCAUCGACCAGGCCCUCCAAGGGGUCCCAGGUAAGGCCAGCAGCACCAAUGACCCACCUCCAGAAUCUUCCAUUUUAUCAUCCAGAAAGGACAGCCGGAGGUCCAACUCUUUACCCAUCAAGAAAACUGUGCACUUCGAGGCUGACACCUACAAGGAUGCUUCCUGCAGUAAGGACCCUUUCUACAGUCAAGACCUUCGCUUUGAAGGGAGCCCAAGAGGGACAAAGGAUUCAUUGCCAAAGCAGGAUGGGUACAUCCUGGCAGUUGAGACUGCUGAGGAAAAGCCAAAACAGGAGGUUCCAAAAGGUUCGGAAGCAGCCUCUGAUGAGUCCCCAGGUGACAUCUCUUUGGUGGACGGUAAGAUCAAUCAUUUGCAGACUGCCCAGAGUUCUCCCUCCUGGAACGGGGAGCCAGAGGGUGCGGCCAGCCCCAGGGAGGAGAGUUGUCCGCUUUCACCCUUUGGGGACAACACUGUUAUGGCUGAUUCCUUGGAGAUCAAGGUCAAGCUGCUGACCGUAGAAGCUAUGAGUAACGAAGACUAUUAUGAAGAUGUUCCUUUAAAAGCCUCUACGUUUAACAACGACCUCAUAGAUUUUGCCUCAACCAGCCAGGCUUUCAAGGAGGUUCCUUGGCCUCAUGAGAAAAAACCAGCAGAGGAUGAGGUUUUGGAGAAUCAGUCUGAGAAACUGGGGAAGAGGAGAAGUAAGUCUGCGCACCAGAGGAAAGGUUCGGAUGAGUCCCCGGAGAGGCCCAGUAAGCUUGAACCUCACAAGGACCCCAGGCAAGAAGACCAAAGCCAUUCUCUGGCCCCAGGAGAGGCGCCUGCUGAUAAGAAGCCGGAGGUGUACGAGAAGCCCAAGCGGAAGUCCACACGCCGCCAUCUGGACGAGGACGAAGGGGAGGUUGUGGGGCUGCAGGGGCCGGAAGGGGAGGCGCCCUCUGAGCCGCCGAGCAGCAGCGUCAGCCUGGAGACCCUGCACAGUCGCAGCGAGGUGGGCCUGGACUUCAAGCCCUCCCCGCCGCUGUCCAAGGUCUCCGUCAUCCCCCACGAGCUAUUCUACUACCCGCACUAUGAGGUGCCCCUGGCUGCGGUUCUGGAGGCUUAUGCAGAGGGCGCGGAGGACUUGAAAAACGAAGACCUGGAUCUUGAGGAGCCGGAUGGCUAUCUGUGUGAUGUGGCGGCCAGGGACGAGGCCGAGGAGGCCGAGGAGGUCGAGGAGACCGAGGAGGCCGAGGAGGCCGAGGAGGCCGAGGUGUCUCAGAGCAGCUGCAGCUUCUCAGGGCUGGGCGAGGAUGUCCCCGAGGCCAGUUUCCCCGCAGUGCCAUGUCCCACUGGGGGUGUGGAAAACACCAGACUGACCUCAGAACCUGCCGACCUGUCCCCACCAGAUGACCACCAGCAAGGGGAGGCCGAAGACAGUUCCCAUGUGGAGAACCAGCAGAAGAGUGAGCAUUUGAAUCAUCAGACUCUGGAGAGCAUCCUGGGAGGGCUUGAGGUGCAGGAAACAAAGUCCCAGGAAUUCGGAAACCAGGGAAACUUAGCGAACUCUUUAGAAGAAAACGUAAUGGGAGAAACGAUCAGCAGUAAAAAAAAGGAGAAAAGGAAGCAUGUGGACCACGUAGAAAGUUCCAUAUUUAUAGCACCCGGCAGCGUCCGAUCCUCAGAGGACCUAGAAGAAGACCCUGGCGACCACAAAGUCCUCUCCAGGACUAGUCACAGUGACUCCAGCAUUUACAUUCGACGACAUACUAACAGGUCUUUGGAAUCGGAUCAUGUUAGCUAUGUUCAGUUGAGGAACGCAGCAGAUCUGGAUGACAGAAGAAACCGAACGUUAACCAGGUACAAUACUCAGAAGCUCACUGAGCUGAUUUUACAGUUUUAUGGCAUCAGAGCAGACAUGAAGAGGGAGUACAAACAUGCCAGGAUGUCUAUGAAAGUAUUUCUUGCUGUUCGAGAACUAGAUGACCUAGUCAGAUCUUGCUGAAUCUCAGCCCAUGUAGAACACAGGAGCCCAGAGAAAUCCCCCAAACUCGGGCAAUCCAGAGAUUCCCCUAUCCGUGUUAAAGUUACCGAAUCAUUUAAUUGUCUCGAUUUUUUUUUUUUUUAAUAUUUGCCACGGAUUUUGGUUGGCUUGGAAGGACUUAGAUUAUUGGAGUGGAAAAGCCUCUCUGAAUAUCGCCCAACACCCAUGAGUGUGACCCUUAGAAGCCUGUCUCUCUGGCCAGAGGCAAGACCUGUUUCCCUCCUCUGCCGUAAAAUGGAAAUAUUAAUUCAUGUUGUCCGCCGGGCAUGACAGACUCCUUAGGAAAGUAGUGCUUUUCUCUUUCAGGAGAUAGAGACUUUGACAAUUUAAACUAGAAGAUGAAGAAAUGCAGUCAUGCUUUCCCAAUGUUUUGGAGCAUUUAUUACCUUUGUAAUAAAUAGAGUUUAAAUCUUUUUUUAAGUUUUAAGAAAGAAAAAUUCUGUCCGUUGUCAUAUGUGAAUGAGUCCCUAGACCAAAAGGCCAUGGUUUAACCCCUUGUUGGCCUCGACUCUGCAUCAGGACACGGAUCAGGGAAGAGGUGGUUUUCCCUCCUCAUAAUCGCCACUGCCCGCCCCAGAUGACCCUAAGAAGCUCACACUUGAGUUUUCCAUAAAUGCAGGUCUAAGCAGAAGCCCCCAACCCCCUUCCGGUCAGAUGAUGCCCCCAGCCCUUUCCUUGGCCGGAACUGGGAGCUGUGGUUGGUCACCACCUCACCCUCGUAGGUUUUAUCCACCGAGCCAAAGUGAAACAUCACAUUGGGACACCCUCUGUAACACAAAAGAAGAAAGACUAGUCAGACCAAAGUCAAGUCUAGUCAUUAUCUUCAAGGUUCUGUUCCAAAGCCAAAAUCCAAAGCCGGGCGGUG